AUGAACAUACAAUGUGCUACUCUAUUUGGAAGUUCUGGUGGUGCUGUCGAAAAGGAGAAACAUGAGUUGUGUAAUCAGGAAUCAGAAACUCGUGCUAGGACGGAGCAAAUUGAAGCUUGCGGUGUCUUUAACGUUUGCACUUGCAGUUACUGUGGGGAGAAAGCAGAUGGGAAAGAUUGUUCAGUAUGUGAUUCAUGCGAGGAAAUGUACCAUGUUGCCUGUAUUGAGCCUGCUCUGAAAGUGAUUCCUCCUAAAAGUUGGUAUUGUGACAGCUGCACUAGUAAUGGAAUGGGAUCUCCACACGAGAAUUGUGUGAUAUGUGACAGAUUGAAUGCCUCUCGGACUGUCAACAACGAUGGUACUGAUGAAAGUUGCACUGAAAAUUUUGGAACAUCUACUGAAUUGGAAGAAAAUUCAAACUGUAGUGUUGACUGUUGAUAAUGGGUUUCAGUUAUCACCAGGGAGUAAAACCCAUUGUGUUUGUAAAAUUUGUUGAAGUGACGUUGAAAAAGGUGAGAAGGAGUUGUGAGCAUCCCUACUGCCCAAAUAAAUAUUAUGUGAGGUGCCUGACAAUGAAGCAGUUAAAAACAUAUUGUUCUCGCUGCUACUGCCCUUCUUGUCUGUGUACAAUGGACAAAGAUGAUGAUAAGAUUGUUUUAUGUGAUGGCUGUGAUGUCGCAUACCACAUUUAUUGCAUGAAACCACCGCAAACCUCAAUCUCAAGCGGGAAAUGGUUUUGCAGAAAAUGUGAUUAUGAGAUCCAGCUAAUACAGAGGUAAAGAGCAUAUGAAAAUAAGAUGAAAUUGAAGGGCAUAGGAAGUAAAACGCCAUAUUAUAAUCUGGAAUUGAGCUCAAAUCAGAGAGAGAAAGAGAAGUCUGAUAAAAAUAGAGGUGGAAUGGACAUGCUGCUAGUACUCUACAUUUUGAAGAGAAGCUGAAUGCGUCUCGGAUGGAGAGUUAAAAGGACCUUGUAC